AGACUCAUAGUCAUAGACUGCCGAGAGAGCCUGUUCAGCCUGUUGCCUCUUCCCAUUAGUAUUGAAUUUCCCAGCUUUUCGACAUGUGUGCACGUAAUUCUACUCGCCUAUUGUGUAACUGACCAAGUGACCAAUGACACCAACUACUUCAUCGACUAAGAAGCUGUUUUAUUAGAUUGAGGAUCGAUUUUUCGGUUUUUUUCUUACGUGUCUGCCGUUCAGAUCGUUGUUUGAGCAUCAUACAUAAUAUUCCUUCAGCUCGUCAAGGAAAUAGACAACAUAAACUAGAAUGGAGGAAGUAAAGUUCAUUCCAGGAACUCACUCGAAGUAUUUCAAGCGGUUCUUGCAGAUGAUGCCACCGCAAACUCAGAAAGGGGAUACCCAAAGGUUGAUGUUUGCUUUUUUUGCAAUUUCCGGCCUCGACAUUUUGAAUGCUCUCGAAUCGUGCAACGCCCAGCACAGGCAGGACAUGAUUGAGUGGAUCUACAGCCUCCAAAUUCAGCCUGACGACGAUGAGGAGAGUUGGAGCAGGUGUGGUUUCAUGGGCUCGUGCACGUUCAAGCUGCAGAGCAAGGAGAGCAGAGAGUACCAGCACAGCCACAUUGCCAUGACAUACACAGCCCUGUCUAGUCUUAUCAUCUUGGGAGACGAUUUGUCCAGGGUCAACAGACCUGCGGUGAUACGAGGCGUCAGGGCUCUGCAACAGCCUGACGGAAGUUUCUGCGCCCACCUAGGGGGAAGCGAAAACGAUAUGCGUUUCAUUUUCUGCGCUGCCGUGAUCUGCUACACGUUAAAAGACUGGUCCGGAAUGGACAUGCCUUUAGUUGAAGAUUUUAUCAAAAGCAGCCUAAGUUACGAAGGCGCCAUCGCUCAGGGUCCCGGCCUGGAGGCACACGGAGGCUCCACGUACUGUGCGAUCGCAGCGCUGGUGCUCAUGGGCCGCUUAAGCAUUUUCUCUGACGAACAGCUGGAUAGGCUUCGCAACUGGCUUCUCAUGAGACAAGUGGCUGGAUUCCAAGGCAGACCAAAUAAACCUGACGACACCUGCUACUCCUUUUGGGUUGGAGCCACAUUAAAGCUCCUGGACAGGUACCAAUUCAUUGACAAGAAGAAAAACCGCGAAUUCAUUUUGUCAACCCAGCAGAACCUGACUGGCGGAUUUUCCAAAUGGCCUGAUAACACUUCCGAUCCUCUGCACACCUAUUUUGGUUUGUGCGGCCUCUCUCUGAUGAGUGAGCCAGGGCUGAAGGAAAUCGACUGCGCGCUAAAUAUGAGUGUAGACGCAGCAAAAAGGUUGGAACAAAUCCAAACCUGGAAUUCUUGAUGCGAUUUUGUUCUUCGUAUUUGUGCGUCACCUGUUUAUGAUAGAGUCCUUGUAUUAUCUAAUACAAGGACUCUAGUUUAUGAGGCAAGUCAGCUUUGGAAACUAUUUGUUAACGAUAUCUGGCGAUCACAAUCUCUUUUAUAACGACUGAUGUUGAAUUUUAUUAUAUCAAACUAUUUCAUUUUCAGUCAGGCUUGUUAAAUUUUGUUUUCAUGCCAUUGACUGAGCAGCACAAAUUAAGCAGUAUUUUUCUUUUCUCUUAUGCUGACAUUUCAUUUGAAACCAAAAGCAAUAUGCUGUGGCGUUGAGCUCCAGCAGCCAUUCCACACUUCCGCAAAAAUGUCACCACGCAACAGUUAAGACAAGUAAUAAAAAAACAAGGAAACCCGAA